AUGGAAGUGAGCGACUCGGCCUCUGACGUAGGCGACGGGCCGGACGACGACGAUCUGGCGUUUGUGGCUCCAGUUCUGGGCUCUGUCGACGGCAUCUACACCGCCGAGGAGGUCGAAGCGCUGGCAGAAGCCCGCAGGGUGGCCGAGGCCUCGGGCGGCGUCUUCAAGUCGGCCGACAGGCCAGCAGCGUGGAUUAAGAGCUUGCGUGCUCUGGUCAAGAAGGUAACCACAGCGCAGGCCGGGGCCGGAGGAGCCACAGCUGCCGAGACAAGCGCGCCCACUAGAGUCUCACUGUCCAAGGGAGCCGCUGCUCUGCUCGCUGAUCUCAUUGACGACAUCAUUGCCAGCUUGUAUCGGGAAAUGGUGCCGUUGGCCAAGAUGAACAAGCGUUCUGCGUUCAUUGCCGACGACGUCGUCUCGGCCAUCAAGCUGCACUUCCCGGGCGAGGUGGCCAAGUAUGCGGCAGCUGAUGUGGCACGCACACUAAGCUCGCUCGCCGCUGGCUCAGGCGUCCCAGUCCUUCUCCAUCUUUCCCACGUCAAGCAGGUCUUCGAGUCGCAGGAGCUCCUCGCCCCGAUCUACAACCGUGAGACGCUGCCGGCAGUCGCCGCCGCCGUCGAGUUUGUGGUGAGUGAGGUCCUCGAGUUGGCCAUCAAUGCCAUGCGCGACACCAAAGCUGGUCGCCUUACCGCUCGCCACGUCAAACUUGCCAUCGGCAACGACAUGGAGCUUGAGCGCAUGUUCCACAAGGUCUGCUUGGCAGGCGGAGGCGUCAUUCCAAACAUUCAUGGUGUUCUCUUGCCCAUGCGGAGAUGA